GUUUAAUUUUCACUCAGCAAGGAGCCACAGCAGGAGGCCGUCUGACACAGUGAAGAAAUAAACCACAGACUUGUGCUUCAGCCAGAGCGAGAAACAGGACAUAAAUGUGGAUAACUUCAUACAGAUACAAACAUUGCUGAAGAAACAAAUCCCAGCUGAAGAACGUGUCCAGCACCACUAAAGCUCCAGAAGAAAAAAGCAGUGUCUGAAUUGCUGUCUUAGUCUUAACUGUAUUACACCAUGGAUGUAGCACAGUUCUUGUAAAGCAACACAGACAUGACCUCAAGGAUCAGAAAAAUCAUCUGGAAGCUUCAAAAUGAACUACAUGAAGUGGUAAAAAUGUCCCACAGCUAGACACUUCCUCAAAACAUCAGUGGAGGCAGCACAAGGGGCGACUGUCACAAUGAUUGAUCUGAGUUUCCUGACAGAGGAGGAGCAGGAAACCAUCCUGACUGUGUUGAAAAGAGAUGCUGAGCUGAAGAAACUUGAGGAGCAACGUAUACAAAACCUGCAGAAGACCGUGAGUGACAAAAGUCGUCUGAGGAACUUGACUGGAGAAUGGUUCUAUGAGACUAAGCAGCUUCGCCAUCAGGAUCGCAUCCAUGGCUCUGACAUCAUCAGGGCCUCCAUGAUGCACACACAUAAACCACUGACCAUAUUGGAGCUCUCCCAGAUACUGCCUGAGAGGUCCAGCUUUGUCAUCAAUGACAACAAAGAGGUUUUCAUACCACCUGUACUCUGUGGACUCCUUCAGGAGCCUCACGUGGCGCUCAGCAGUGGAACGUAUCAGAAUCAGAACCUUCCUGAAACCCUACAAGACACUUUGAAACCAGAUUUACGAUCUCCCACAAAGAGAAAAAAUUCCAUUCAACAGUGUCAAACAGAAGCCAGGAUCCCUAUGAUGACAGAGGUCAGAACACUAGAACUUAUAGCACUGCAGAACACUCCAUUUAAUGAAGCCUAAUCCCAGCAAAAUGCAGACCAUGAGCAAGAAGGAACAGAAGGCGAUUCGACUGAAUGCAGCCUCUUAGCUGAUUUAUCAAAUGAUGAAGGCAAUGACACAUACAGAGCUAAUCCAGUCUUCAUCUAUGGGGAGAUGGAUGACUCUUCAACAGGUUCAGUAACAGAGUUACAUAUUUCUGAGCCACAGGAAAACAUCACAUAUCUUGUACCUUUCUCUGUAGCUUUAAAUGCCCAAAAGCAAGAAUGGGAUGUACAAGUUCCUCUUCUAAGGCAGUCAAGCUCCACUCUUCAAGAGGACAGACCCACUGAGACCAGUCAACACAAACAUUUUAAAAGAGAAAAACUAUACAGGACCCAAGAUAGCUGGAGUCAGGAAGCCUCAAGUUUAAUUAUCCGUAAUAAAGCAGUUUCCCCUCAAUCUAAUUUGAUACUAUCAUUAGAUAAUGGAGAAAAAUCAAAAGGAGACACACAAACAUCUCCAUACAAAAACAUGCUGAAUGUCAAACCAUUAAAAGUGACAGACAAGGGUUUUAUCAGUCAGAGUCUAGACAGAUCACCAGUGAGUAGUACUGCCACUGUACAGUCAUCAUGUUACCAAUUCCAAGUCAACGCUGAUACCAAGUAUCAAGAAAGGCCCCUCAAUCCUAGCAAAUUCCAAUCUUCAAGAUUGAAAGAAGAUGAAGAAAUCAGGAAGAGUCCAUCCAAGACAUGCCACCCAAAGGUACUACCACGAGAAUCCUCCAGUGCUAAGGGAUCCAGGCUGGAAGGCUCUCCCUUGAAAACAUUUUCCAAUAGACCAUCAACCCCCACACAACAGCUACUGAGGAGCAGCGAGGAAAGUCAGCAGCAGCAGUUACCCUGCAGACUUUGUGAAAUUGAAGUCCAAGGAAGCAUCCAGUUUGCUGUGAACUACAUCCAGAAACUUGGAGAGUUUCAUAUUUUUGUGGUGCACUGCAGGGAUCUGGCUGUGGCCAACAUCAACAAGCAUCACUCUGACCCCUAUGUCAAAUGUUAUCUUCUUCCUGAGAAAACUAAGUUGGGAAAGAGAAAAACCACUGAAAAGAAGACAUUGAACCCCACGUACAAUGAAAUCCUCAAGUUUAAAGUAACGAUGGAGGUAUUGAAAACUCAAAAUCUGAACAUUUCGGUGUGGCAUGACAGCACCUUCGGGCGGAACAGCUUCCUGGGUGAGGUGAACCUCAAUUUGUCAGAAUGGGACUUCAGGAACACACAGAUGAAUGAAUAUGCAUUAAAAGCCAGGAGCUCAGCAGAAGCAUCAGCACCACGUCUGAUGGACAACAGGGGGCAGAUGAGAGUCGCGCUGAGAUUUCUGCUGCAGACAUCCCUCAGUAAGAGAACAUCUAGGAUGGAAAGUGGUGAGGUGCAGAUUUGGGUGAAAGACUGUAAGAAUCUUCCACCGGUGAGAGGCCCCAUGAUCGACCCGUUUGUGAAGUGUACUGUACUUCCUGACACAAGCCGGAAAAGCCGACAAAAGACUCGUGUGGUGAAAAGGACAGCCAAUCCCAUGUUCAAUCACACCAUGGUGUAUGAUGGCUUCCGACCAGAGGACCUCAGGGAGGCCUGCAUUGAGAUCACAGUGUGGGACCAUGAUCGGCUGAACAACCACUACAUAGGCGGUCUGAGGCUGGGGCUGGGGACAGGGAAGAGUUACGGUGUGGAAGUGGCUUGGAUGGAUUCAACGACAGAUGAAAUGAAUUUAUGGCAGAGGAUGUUACAGUCUGAUGGUGAAUGGGUGGAGGAUGUUUUACCUCUGAGAAUGCUGAUGAUGGCAACAAGCCUUUCAAAGUGAGACUGUAUAAAGUGAGUUGUUAAAUGUGUGGUAACUAGAAAUACACAACAUAGACUUUUAGAUGGAUCAACAUAUUAUUGUAAUGGACGCAGUGGCUUCAAGAAAGGGUGUGUUAUAUAACUGAUGAUCAGUGUAUGGUAAACAUGCACACAGUUAAUACAAAAACUAAGUUGUGUUGUCCAAACGACAUGUUAAGUUUGUCAUGUUGAAAAGUAUUUUUGAAAAUAUGUGGAGAGUUGAAAGUACAAAUUCUGUAUUUGAUGUAAGCGCUGAUGAACUGUACAGUGUAUAAUGUGAUUACUGCAGCAAGCAUCUCCAUCUUCAAUAAACAGAAUAUUCAUGUAACUUUGAUAUGGUGGUAAAAUGAUUUAAAAUGACAGUCAACACCUGAAAUUUAGGUGUUUGAAUUGAUAACUGCAGAUAAUAGCUGUCAUCAUAAUCAUGCACACUUACCCCAGAAGUAAUUCUUCAGUAGUUUCUUUUAGCUUUGUGUACUGCAGCGACAGAUCAGCACCUCGGCGAACCAUCCUGUGUAUCGUUCUUAAUAAACAGUGGCUCUGCUGUUAAAGAGGCAGCAACAGCCAGAGGAAGAAAAAUGAAUACAAUUGCAUGUUGAAUGUAGUAUCCAAGGCAGUAUUACAAUGGUAUCUGAUCUUUAUGCUUUGUUUUUUUAUUUGUUGUAAACUGUAUUUGUCCAUAGACUAUACUGAGUAUUUUCUUUUCUAUUCUAUAUUCACGUUCUCCUGUUUCCCUUUAGUUGUAUUAUGAUCUUUCUUGACUGCCAGAGUUCGUUGUUGAAUUAUAGCAGUUCUUGACAGAAACACUCCCAA